CGUGCAAGAAACUUCCCCCGGCAUGAGAGAAUGAUCCAGAAAGGUCUCCAGACGGUGAUAGUGAAACCAGCGAAUACGAGAGAUACGUCAUUGCGCACGAGAACGAGGAAACAUUGUGCCCUGUCAUAUUUAGCUACCGAUUGAACUCAAUAUCCAACAGCACAUUGUGACGAAUACUGCCUUUCUGGAGCGGAAAGAACUAGAUAGCAAGAGAUGCAGCCAGCAACAGCAAAGUGGUUUGACAGAAGGGACUCCGUGUUCAUUGAGUUCCUGGUAGAAGACAGCAAAGAUCUUCAAGUAAAGUUUGAAAAAUCAAAACUUGAUUUUCGUUGUGUUGGCGGGAUUGAAAACCUCAAACACCAAAAUGAAUUGGACCUAUUUGACUCAAUUGACCCCAAUGAGUCCAAGCACAAACGUACAGACAGGUCUGUGUUGUGUUGUCUAAAGAAAGCAAAGGCAGGUAUUGCAUGGCCACGGUUAACGAAGGACAAGGCAAAGUUUCAAUGGCUGGGUGUUGACUUCAACAACUGGAAAGACUGGGAAGAUGAUUCUGAUGAGGAUCUGUCCAGUUUUGACAAGUUUUCAGAGAUGAUGAACACGAUGGGAGGAGAAGACGGUAUGCCAGAUCUGGGUAUGGAAGGUCUAAAAGAGCACGACAGUGAUGAUGAAAAGAUACCAGACUUGGAGUAAUGGGAGCAUAAAGGAAGUUUUGUAACCGAUGACAACAAGGAAGUAAAGCCUCCAAACGUCGGUUGAAGAGAAAGAUUAGAGAUGAGUUAUUGGUAGCCAUAUUUGAAAGGAGGAAACAUCACCAGUUUUCCAAACACAUCACAGGAAACUCACUGACGAAAGACUGUUUGUCGUAACAUGACACCAGAGCAUUCUUCAGCCACUGUCCUAGUGUGGUGCUGUUCUAAUUCUGCAUGGAAAAGUCAGUUGUUUCCAUGAUGUGUUGUUGUGGGGUUUAGUUAUAUCGUCCUUUAACUUAACCAAGGGCCACGUUGUGGAACAUUCAGAUUGAAAUACGUAAUGUAGAUCAAACACGCCUCUGACAUGUAGAAUUAAGGAAUCAUGUCGGUUCUAUUCAUGCUAUUUCUAUCUGCAACGUUUGACAAUGUUUGCCUGCUGAAUGUGGCCCUGCUCUGAUGGGAUAAUAUCUUAGUUACACCCCACCUCUCCCUUUUUUAUUUAAUAUUGUCUGUGAGGUUACGUAUUGAAUUUAGACAUAUUUGUGAAUUGUAAAUGAGGGGGAAAAACAGGUUUCAAAACAACCGCCUAUUUUCAAUAAAGUAGUUUCUUUUCUUUUUUUAAAAUAAAAUGUCCCAUUUUAUUGUUCAUACUGUUCAUUUUGUUUCAGUUUGAUUUAGAUUUUUGUUAAUGUGUCUAUUGUUUUAACUCAAAGCAAAUAUUUUCCCAGUGUACAUUAACGUGCAAAUAUUACAGGUAAUAGUUCAUUCAUUGAUUUUAAAUAUUGAGAUUUAAAUGAAUAUGCAUGUUAAACAUAUUUUACAGUAUAACAUGAAUGAUACAACCUUUCCUUGCAAUCGCAUUUUGCGAGGAUGUUUUUUCUUUAGUAUAUAUCAGUGUAAAUACAGAACAUUUUCAAAGGUUAUACCGGUAGUUUAUUUCAAUGCAGUGGUCGUUGGACAUUUUGUAUCAAACUAAAGUGUAGGAGCAGAUAACAAAAAUAAACAUAACAAAAAUAUAACUUGUCAAUAAGUUACCUAAUUUAAUUUGCAAGUGUUAAAGAAAAUGCACUACUAUGUUUCGGCAAUUUUUUUUUUUGCAGAUCAGGUUAAAUAAAUUUCAGUUUGUUAAAUGCAGUGGGAAUUUUUGUUUACGUAUUUCUAAUAAACUGUCUGAGACUAAGUUGA